ACCCCUCCUCCAGCUGCUGAUGGUCCUGUUGUAGGCAGUCUGCUCAUUCUCCUCAGUGAGAGGACAGUACACGCUCCUCCACAACCAGUCUCUGUCUCUCACACUUCUUGACAGUAUGUUUAAAACUGGAUAUACCACAAGCACACCUUUCUGGAGCAUUUGAGCACUCGAUUCAGGAGAAGGAAGAUCAAUCAGCACUAAGGUAUGAGGUGUGCUUGAAUAAACCAACAAGGAGGGGUUUCUUCCUCUUGACACUGAAAACUUCUAAAAUUUUGGACGUCCACAAUGAGUCUAAAGAAGAGGAAACCAAGCGUGGUGUUCAGCUGGCACAAGUCUUUCACCAUCCUUGCCCCGUGGAGAAAAGGUAAAGGGGAUAUUGUUUUAGAUAACGAGGUAGUACUCACGAAAAUGAAGCUCCUUGACAACUUCCCUGAGAAGCUUCUUAAUGCUGAGGAUUCCAUUUCAACCAUCUCCAUUUCAAUGUCUGAGCAGGACAACACAGAACAUCUCCAGGCUGAUGAGGUGAUCUCCAUCCACAGCGCUGCUCCUGAGACAACCAUCCCUGAAUCGAAAACAGACUAUCUAUCUUCCAUUUUUGCAGAUUCUGAGCUUCCAAGAUUGUACAAAUUUGAAUCUGAGGAUUCUGGGGUAGAGAUGACUAGUGGAGCAACUUCCCCAUCCACCCCAACUGGUUCAGAGCAAAGCUUUGUGGUCCACAGUAGAGAGUCUUCAUGUGACUCUGGCAACCUGACCUCUCUUGUACCUGCUGAAAAUCCUCUUGAAGACAGUUCAGACUUCUUGGAAACUGAACAAACAUCUUGUAAGUGUGCUAAUCAAGACUCUCUUACUGUCCUGGGAGACGGCACAGAGGAUGAGAAUGCUGAUGAUGAUUUAAUAGACAUUACAACAGAUUCAGAAAGGUCUGAGGACAGAACCCUGAGAAAUACCAUGGAGAACUGUGAAGAUGCAAUGGAAAUCAUGGCAGCAGAGGAGGAAAUUACAGACAGUGCAAUGGCUGAGGACACAAUGUCAAGGAGCCAGUGUUCUAUAGAAGCCUACGAUGGCAAAACAGGACCUGAAUUUCAGCAACAGCCUUUGAGGAAAAGUACAACCAGCAACAGUCUGGAUGAGUACAUGGAAGAGUGCUGCAGGCUAAGUGAGGUGAACCAAGCCAAUCAAUCCAACCCACUAGGCUCUGGACUGGGGUACCUAGAGCACAUCUGCCAACUCAUAGAGAAGAUCGGACAGCUGCAGGAACACAACCUUCGACUACAGAAACAGAUCUGCACCCUGCAGAAAGAAGGCCGAGUGAUCAAGACUAAAGAGGACUUUUUCAUGCAGCACUGUAGCUGUGGAGCAGCCAGCCUGGCUUUCCAAGAGCUCAAGAGACACUUUCGGAGUGACCACUACAGCCUGAUGGCAUCAAGCGGCACAUUGUCUGACCUCAGCACGAUCCCUGAGGUCACGCGCAUCCCCCUCAGGGCAGCCAUGAGAGAUGGUGAGAUGGGUUGCCAACCUGCACUUCCUGUUUGGAGGAGAGGUCUGAAUCGGAGGAGCUACACAGAGGGAGAGGCCAAGUACCUGAGUGACAGCGCUGAGGUCCUCUCUGCUCCUCACAGAAGGUUGAGUGAAAACUACACAUGGGGAAGAGUGAAGGAACUGGUAAAGAAGACCAAACUGAGAAACCAGAGCCGACUGGGACUGUCUUCAGGGUCCCUCAAGAGAUCCUGUCCACAGCUUUACCGCCCAGAUGUGAUGUCAGCAGAAUGGCCCAGAACAAACAGAAACUCCAUGAUCGCUCUGGGCCAUCAGAAACUGGACUAUCUGUGGUCACAGUAGUAUUAAUCAGACACUGAGCAGAUGGCCUGCGAUGGGGCAGCUUUUCCAAAAAGCAAAGGACAAAGUGGUGGUUUUUGCAAUUCGCAGAUGGUUUUUCCAGACUGAGGAACAGGAUGGGAGAGAAAUGCACAAGAAAAUGAUGAACGGGAUUUGAGUAAUGAGAGAAAAAAGUUGGUAUCGUGUGUGUAUAUAAUACUAAAAGAGAUGUUUAUAUGUUGAUGAAAGUGUAAAGUUGACCUGUUGAUGGAGCUUGUUUGUGUGACAUGACAUUUCUGCGAAUGUCAUUAAUUCAGAUAAAGCACUCAUUAGAUUUGUCAGCUAAUGAGGUACUAUUAAAGACUGUAUAAACGUGGAAAAAUGAUUUACAGAAUGUGAUCAGACAAAGUGAAUUACAGUAAAUCCUUAUGUAUAUUCUAAUGUAAAUUUCUGCCAGGACAAUUUACCAAACACUGUCCUAAUUGUAAAAUACUUGAAUUGCAUCCAAAUGAUAACAAAUGUUGAACAUGCAUGCUUUAACUUUAUAUAGAUCAUUUUGUACCACUUUUAUAAGAAGUGCCAUGUGUAAGUGUGUAUAUACAGACAUAACAAAUAUGCAUGUAUGUAUCCAUGAUGCAUGGAUCAUAUG